GAUACGAGGACGAGCAGGAUGUCGCUCACUCUGUCGACAGGAUCCCCGCGAGCUUGACGAAGAAAUUUGACGAUUUUCUGCGCCAUCCAUGCCGCCGAAAAGAUCAUGAAGUUUUUUUGGGCACGUACUACCAGGAUAAGAGAUCACUCGACGACCUUCAUAAGCAUCUGACAAAUUUGGCUGGCGGAUUUCAACGCUCAGAGACGUACAAGAAUUAUUUACGGAGAUGGAUUUCUGAUUUUUUCGCUAAGUCUGUAAUUAGGACAUUCUAAGAUGGUUUUACGACACUCAAUUUGACAUCAUUAUACCAGGUGGAAGGUCGUUGGAUCGAAUGAAAAUGGCUAGUAAAAAAGAAGUAGAUCACUGUUUUUUAUGACCAAGUAUACGUUCCAGGGGCCAGGGGCCAAGGCCCCCCACCGAUCUAACUUUUUGAGGUGUCGGGUUACUCACGGGAGGAGUCUCUUGGGAGGUGAAAGGCCUCCGAGGGAAGCAGGUGGCAAGGCUUGGCCCCUUUCGGUCGCCGUGCUGCAUGUAUCCGACAGAGCCCAGGCGGGCACGCCUUGCCCACACUCCUCCCCGCCUCUGGUCCUCAACCCCCCGGGCAUUUGGUGGUGGCGGACGAGGGCCAAAGGGGCCAGGCCUCGCGACCGUGGCCGCCUUCGGCGGCCUUCUCCCCCCGGAGGCUGUCCCCCUGAUAAGGUCCAAGAGUCGGCACACGCGGAGAGCCGCCGCCCGGAGCCUCCGGCUCCGCCUUUUGAGGCCUUGGCCCCCGGAGGUCUUUACAUGUCACCACCGCGGAAAAAAGGGCGCGCGGACGCCACCCCCGCUUCAUCUACAGGAGGGAGAGUCCACCCCUGGAACAUAUAUGAAAACGUUGUGGCGUAUUCUUCCACCUUAAAGAACUGAAGCACUUCAUCUUAUGUUAUACAUGAACAUGGCCUACAAUUUUCAAGUGGUAAGCUGUCAAACCUGCUCAAGCAGAAGGACCACAGGAUGUGGACUUCAGCGUUGUAAGUACCCUACUAGUACUACAAUCAGCUCGUCUAAUCAUUCGGGCGGAGAACUGCGGGAGCACUACUUUUUCUCGAGAUUCUAGCACGAGGACUCUUGAAAACGACAUAAUAUCGAGGCUAAGAGAUCAAGAAAUGCAUCGCAUCAAAUGCCUGAAAACAGAAAUGCAGAGCAAAG